CUGAACACUCUGUAUCGGUGCGUAGGUGUACAACAAUUCUCAACUAUGUUCACUACAAACCAACCAAAAAUGUGCGAAGCGAUGCGCAAAGAUUCAGCACGUUUUUCUUUCGCGGUGUUUUUCAGGUUGAAAGUUCAGCUGCACAGUGUUUUUCCACUGUAUUCGUCUGUAAUGUAUGCAGCACCGGUGUACAGGUAAAGAAUACCGGUGUUGAAGGUGUUACAGUGUGAUAGGUUAAUCCGUGCUUGUACUGUAGUGACAUUAACGGAAAGGUACAAUAGCGACGUUUGAUGCGUAUAUGCCACGAUGUGCUGGUGCAGCCGCUACGGCUGCCUAGAUGGGAAACACGCGCUGAUUAUGCGUUAAGUCGCCGUGGUGACUUGCAAGUGCCAUCGUCGCUUUAUUUAUAUUACAGCCGAAAAAUUAUUCAUUGGGUACACACUACUUUGUUGUGCCGAGAGUCGGAGUUCUUGCGCACAUCGAAGCACAAAGUAUUUUUCGCGCUUGUCGACCUGUAUUCUGGUCUGUCAUUGUUUUCGCCGACGCUUUCGACGGUUUUUAUGGGACGAAAUAUCGGUAAUGCGGAUUUGAUUGAAGUCGAUUUUUAUGGAUUGUAGCGUAACGUAAUUAACACACCAUGCCGCCUAAAAUCGAUAAAGAUCGCAUCCACUUCCUCUCGGGACAUUCCAUGUUUAUGGAUUUCUUUAAUCGAAAGAAGACAUUUCGCCCCAAGAAACAUUUUACCCCCGGUACAUUGAAAUACUCUCUGCAUAAACGCGCAAUGGCGUCGUUGGUUACCCAGACCGAUCUGAAAAGAACGGUCAAACUUCCGGAUGGGGAAAAAUUAGAGGAUUGGAUCGCCGUUCACAUUGUGGAUUUUUUCAAUCGUAUCAAUCUCAUCUACGGCACGGUUAGCGAGUACUGCACGCCGCAGUCGUGUCCCACCAUGUCCGCUGGCCACAAGUACGAAUACUUUUGGAGCGACGGCGUACAUUAUAAGAAACCCACGAGAAUGCCGGCGAGUCAGUAUAUUGGGCUACUUCUCGACUGGGUGGACAACACUGUCAAUGAUCAGAAGGUCUUCCCCGUUUUUGUCGAUGUACCCUUCCCUAGUAAUUUCACAGCGACGUGCAAGAAGAUCGUCUCGAGAAUGUACCGCGUGUUUGUACACAUCUACAUUCACCAUUUCGAUAGACUGAUGGAACUUGAAGCGGUGCCGCACGUAAAUUUGUGCUAUAAACACUACUAUUUCUUCAUCACUGAAUUCGAUCUGGUAUCGAAAAAGGAACUGGAACCACUGGAGGAUUUAACCGCUCAGCUGUGCCAAACUUUGCCGCGUUAUGUGUACACCGAGUGAUGAAUAUUCAUUAGAAUUCGCUCGCUUGCGGAACUUGGAACUGAAAAUUUCUGAAAAUAUUUUAUGAUUUUUGUCCGUCUAAUUAGACGUCUGCGCGCUAGUCAUUUAUCCAAAAAAUUCAAACUUUUUCGUAUGCGCUUGUAGAUAUCUUUCGUAUAGUUACUCGUAUAUGCAGCAUACUGUAUGUUCUGUUCUUGCUCUGAAUACCUUGUGGCCCCAUGACAAUGAAUUUUGCAAGACUAUGCAAAACUAAAGAUCAUUUGCUAUAAAAAUUGAGCAUUCGUGUGCCGCCUUUUUGUUGG